GAUCCUGCCAGCCAGGCGUUGCAUCGGGCGCCUGUGCGCGGGGAGCGCGGGAAGCCCCGGGGGCGGUGCCGGGAAGCCCCGGGGCGGUGCCGCCCGGGAGCGGGGCCGCGGUUCGGCGGGGCGGGCGGGCCGGCGAUGCGGCUGCAGUGCGAGGUGGAGGUGAUCAGCCGGCUCCUGCCCACCUGCGGGCUGCGGGGCCGCGGCCGCGCCACCCGGGCCCUCCUGUCGCUCGGCCGCCCGCCCGGGCGGGCGCGGGGCGGCGGCGUCUACCUCAUGGUGUGCACGGCGCGGGACCGGAGCGGCGCUCGGUACAAGGUGCAGGAGAACAUCGAGCGGUUCUUCACGCGGUUCGUGGAGGAGGGCAAGGCCACCGUGCGGCUGCGGGAGCCCGCCGUGGAUGUGUGCCUCAGCAAGGCAAAUGCCAGCAAUUUAAAGACUUUCCUUUCAGCUGUGAGACUGGCUCACCAGGGGACCGACAUUGGAGCCCUCCCGCUCUCAGCUCUGGUACCAGCAAAGACCUCGGAAGUUGAGAAACCCAAGACCAAACUGAUCAUAACUUCAAGAAGGGACUAUCCUCUCACCAAAAACUUUCCGUACUCCCUCGAGCACCUCCAAGCCUCGUACUGCAAACUCGCUCGGAUCGACACGCGGGUGCUUUGUUUGAAGAAACUCCGAAAACUCGACCUAAGUCAUAAUCAUAUUAAGCAGCUGCCGGCCACUAUUGGUGACCUGACCUGUCUUCAGGAGCUGAUCUUGCACGACAAUCACCUGGAGUCGUUCAGUGGGGCUCUGUGCAGAUCCACCCUUCAGGAAUCUCUUCAGUUCUUGGACCUCAGUCAAAACAAAAUCAAAGCGCUUCCAAUUCAGUUUUGCCAGCUGCGACAACUCGUUAAUUUAAAGCUCGAUGACAAUGAGCUGAUUAGGUUGCCAUUCAAGAUUGGCCAGUUAGAUCAUCUGCGCUUUCUCUCAGCAGCUCGAAACAAACUGCCUUUCCUGCCCAGUGAUUUUAGGAAACUCUGUCUGGAGAACUUGGAUCUCUUUGGGAAUCCUUUUGAACAGCCCAACCCGCUUGUUCCCAGCGUACAACUGAAAAUACCAUUGACUUUGUUAGAAUGUGCUGCAAGAGCCACCAUCAAUUACAGAAUCCCUUAUGGUUGCCAUCUCCUUCCCUCUCACCUCUGCGAGGAUCUGGAGGUGGCUAAAACGUGCCAGUGCGGCAGCGCCUGUCUGAGCAGCUUCAUUCAGAUCACGGUGACCAUGAACCUGCACCACGUCGCGCACACCGUGGUCCUGGUGGAUAACAUGGGAGGUACAGAAGCGCCCGUCAUCUGCUACUUCUGCUCCCUGGACUGCUACUCCCAGUUCCUCGACAGGUACCUGCAGAGUCACGGGUGACUGUUCACGGCCACAAAAGCUCUGCCCGGUCACCGAGGAGCCUGAAACCGUUUUCUGUGUGUUACCCACUCGUGCUGCCAACAGCAAACGUCAGUCUCAUGCUGAGGGACACUGUGGCCUCGCUCUGUUCCUCCACCACCCAAAUCUCUCUUUGGUUGGAAUAAAAAGUGUUGCUUAGCUUGAAUGAAUCAUCCUUAGAAUGUAUUUUGCUUUCUUUUUUCUAUUACCUUGACUUUGUUUAGAAUAUCAUGACAGUUUUCUUUGUUUCGUGGCGUAAGCGGUUUGGAAGGUGAGCGUGCAUCAAAGUGCUUUGCCCGCUCCUGCCCGAGGCUCUGAACUCUGCCUGCACCAAACAACCGCGCCGGCUUUAUCACCGGCCUGGGCUCUUCUGCCAUGUUUACUGUAGAACAACGGGGUCGGCUGCUGGGAGAAGAAAUUACACUGUGUGCAAUUCAAAACUGCUCGUGUAAUUCCAGGUGGUGCUUUUGAAACAGUCGCGCUGUCGCAUUCUCACUUCAAGCAGGGACCAGCGCUGCUGGUUUUUUACCAGAGCAAAUGUGUUUGGUUUUAUCUCUUUGUUAUACAAGAAGUGUCUUUUUUUUUUCUAAAUAUGACCUCAACUUUGUUUCUUAACUCUCACCUUUUAAAGAUUCCUGAAUUGUUCACUGUGUGUCAAAUUAUUAAAUUUUGAAACCUUUCUAUGUA